AUGUGCAAGGUAUUCCCCACGACGCUCACAGGGCCGGCACGGGCGUGGUUUAACAGUCUGGAGGCUGGAAGCAUCAGAAGUUUUGGAGAUUUGGCCACUAUCUUCAUCAACCGGUUCAUUGCCGGAGUACCUGUGGACAGAAAGACGAGCUACCUGGAGACAUUCCGUCAGAGGAGGAAUGAGACUUUAAGGGAGUAUGUCGCCCGUUUUAACAUGGAGGCCCUACAGAUCCCUGAGCUGGAUGAAAACCGAGCUAUGGAAGCGAUGCAAAAAGGGACGACCUCCCCAGAGUUCUUUGGCUCGUUAAGCAGGAAACCGCCGACCUCGCUAGCAGAGCUGAUGAAGAGGGCGGAGAAAUACAUAAGGCAGGACGAUGCCUUAGUAACAAGCAGAUUCGCCAAAGAGGUGGCAGACAGGGGAAAAGCCCCAGAAGAAAGGAGGCCGGAAAGGCAAGAGAAAAAGCAAGGCAAGAGGCCUGAGCAGUACAGACAGCCUUGGGACCGAAGGGACCAGAGACCGUUCCCUCCUCAGAUUCCAGAACAGAGACCACUCCCCCUGCGGGUUCCUGAGAGCUUGACGCCACUCAACGCCUCUAGAGCCGAGUAUCAUCAUACCCACGGCCAUGACACCAACAACUACUACCAGCUGAUCAGUGAGAUUGAGAGGCUGAUCAAAAGGGGUCACUUGCGGAACUUUGUGAAGAAGCCAGAGGGAGAAAGGCCUCAGCCGAACCCUACAGCAGAGAGGCCCAGGAGGACAGGAGCAGGGCCGGUGAACGAUGGUUCCAGUGGGACCAUCAACAUGAUUGUGGGAGGGACCGGAGGUCGGAUGAGCAGGAGAGGAAGAAAAAGGGGCCGAAAUGGGGAAGGUAGCAGUGCCGAGGUCAUACAGAUAGCUGACCAUUCACCAAUGACCAUCUCCUUCUCUCCGGAGGAUGCCCAAGGCAUUCAGAUGCCUCAUGAUGACGCACUCGUUGUUGAAGCCGUCAUUCAUAACUACUGGGUUAGGAAGAUCUUGGUGGACGACGGAAGUAAGGUGAAUUUAUUGCCAUACAAAGUCUUCCGGCAGAUGAGAAUCCCCGAGGAACAGUUGAUUUGGGACCAGGCCUCAGUCAAAGGAAUCGAAGGAGUCCCAGUGCUCGUGGAAGGAAAGGUGAAGCUGGCUCUCACCCUCGGGGAAGCACCAAGAACCCGAACUCACUACGCGGUGUUCUUGGUGGUAAGGCUCCCCCUGAACUACAACGCAAUAUUGGGAAGACCUGUGCUGUUUGAUUUUGAGGUCGUAACCAGCAUUAGAUAUAUGGAUAUUAAAUUCCCAACAGAAGCAGGAGUGGGAGUAGUCAGAGGAAGCCAGGAAGAGGCGAGAGCAGUGUACCUGGCCACGGUAUCAGAGCUGAGCUCAGCAGGGGAAAGGUUUGACUCAGAAGUUCUGGAGGUACGGGAGGAGAAAAAAGAGGCCAGAAUAGAGCUGGUCGGAGAGCUAGAAACCUUCCCCUUAUCAGAAGCAGAGGUAGACAAGGUUUUCAGCCUUAACGCCGGCCUGACUGAAGAGUAG